CGGCGAGAGAAGAAGAAGCAUAAACACGUAGCAGUGCGAAAAGAAACACAUGUUCGCGCAAAAUCGAUGAAUAAACUUUAAAGGGGAAACCGAAAACUAAAUAGAGCAGUGCGUUUUCUGCAAUAAAACCAUCCACAUUGUGUGCAAAGAAUCGAGAGUAAGGCUGCCUGUAAGAGCCUCCACAGGACUCCUUGGAAAAAUGGGUAUUACGGAGACAGCAGCGGCAACAACAACUACCGGACUGGGAGCGGCAAACGCCGUGGAGAGCAAACAAAUCCUCUCGCUCGAGGUGUUCCAGGACAUCUACAAGCACGUGGAACCGGAUGUGCAGAUCGAUGCCUUCGAGCUGGCCCAGGGCUCCGACCGGGGUGACAACUAUACGGCCGCCCUGUAUCGCAUAAAGCUGACCGGAAAGCGGAGGAGUCUCAAAUGGGAACAGAACGUCAUCUGCAAGGUGAUGCCGGAGAGUGUAGUCGCGCGGGAGGCCUACAAGAGCGACAAGCUCUUCCGCAACGAGGUGCAGUUCUACAACACCAUCAUGCCGGAACUGCUCAAGUUCCAGGCCAGCAAAACGAACCAGGACACACCCGUGUUCAAUGCCAUUCCCAAGUGCUAUUCAGCCAGGCAUGAUCUGCUCAUAAUGGAGGAUCUUCGCGAACGCGGCUUCCAGAUGUCAGACCGCCACAAAGGUCUCAGCCUGGAGGAGACGCAGUCCGUCCUGCUGCAGGUGGCCCAGCUGCACGGCCUUAGCCUAGCCUACAAGUUCGAGAAACCGCUGGAGUUCAGCAAUCUGUGCAGCGUGAUCAGCGAGGGCAUCUUCUGCACGGCCAAUACGAGUUGGUAUCGAAACUACUACGAGCGCCUUACCAAGAACGCCAUUCAGAUGGUGUCCGAGGUGCUGCCCCCCGACUCCAAGUAUGUCCUGGCAAUGAAUAAAUUCGCAGAAAGCUCCUCAUUCUUCGGCCGGAUGGUGAAGUUGGCCAGUACCGAGUCGCCGUUAUCCGCCAUUUGCCACGGCGACUGCUGGGUGAACAACUUUCUGUACCACUAUGAUCCGGAGGACCCACACCGAGUGCUGGAGGUGGCGCUGCUCGACUUUCAGCUGAUACGCUACAGCUCGAUCGCACUGGACAUUGCCAAUCUGCUGUACUGCUGCACCACCAAGGAAAUGCGCGAUGCUCAGCUGCAGACUCUGCUCAAGAUCUAUACGGAGGAGCUGUUUCGAUGGCUGCAAAUGCUCUGCACCAAUUUGCCGGACCACUGCGACACAUUACAGAAGCUACAGGAUCUCUUUGCCGAGGAGCUGAAGACAUACGGACGCUUUGCUCUUGGCUUGGCAUUGGAUAUCCUGCCUAUUAGCACCUGCUCUUCGGAGGAUGCCCCCGAUAUGUAUUUGGAUCGAAGCGAUGAACUCGGAGAGGAUGUGGGCGCGCCCACGCUCAACUUUCCACCCAACGACCUGUGCCGCCAGAAGAUGUCGGAGAUAGUCAUUGAUAUGGUGGAUCGGGAUAUGCUCUAGGCCACCCUGCAAUCCAAAUGGAACACUAGCUGUCAGCCCAAAACACCAAUUUCGAACAAUACACAGUGCUCCAGUUGAUGCUCACUUAACCCUUAGUUAUAUGUAUGCAAGAUAGUAAAAAUUACCAGUAACUUA